CCGCCGCCCUCCAUCCCCGGUCCCCAUGGUCCCAGAGCUGGCGCCCUCCAACAACAGCACCCUGGCCUGGGGGUCGGGGCUGCCGUCGGCCGCGGCGGGCAGCGGCUGGGUGGCGGCCGGGCUGUGCGUGGUCAUCGCGCUGACGGCGGCGGCCAACUCGCUGCUCAUCGCACUCAUCUGCACGCAGCCGGCGCUGCGCAACACGUCCAACUUCUUCCUGGUGUCGCUCUUCACGUCGGACCUGAUGGUGGGGCUGGUGGUGAUGCCGCCGGCCAUGCUGAACGUGCUGUACGGGCGCUGGGUGCUGGCGCGCGGCCUCUGCCUGCUCUGGACCGCCUUCGACGUGAUGUGCUGCAGCGCCUCCAUCCUCAACCUCUGCCUCAUCAGCCUGGACCGCUACCUGCUCAUCCUGUCGCCGCUGCGCUACAAGCUGCGCAUGACGCCGCCGCGCGCCCUGGCGCUUGUCCUGGGCGCCUGGAGCCUGGCUGCGCUCGCCUCCUUCCUGCCCCUGCUCCUGGGCUGGCACGAGCUGGGCCACGCGCGGCCGCCUGACCCGGGCCAGUGCCGCCUGCUGGCCAGCCUGCCCUUCGUCCUCGUGGCGUCGGGCCUCACCUUCUUUCUGCCCUCGGGUGCCAUCUGCUUCACCUACUGCAGGAUCCUGCUGGCCGCCCGCAAGCAGGCCGUGCAGGUGGCCUCCAUCACCACCGGCAUGGCCAGCCAGGCCUUGGAGACGCUGCAGGUGCCCAGGACGCCCCGCCCAGGGGUGGAGUCGGCUGACAGCAGGCGUCUGGCCGCCAAGCACAGCAGGAAGGCCUUGAAGGCCAGCCUGACGCUGGGCAUCCUUCUGGGCAUGUUCUUUGUGACCUGGCUGCCCUUCUUUGUGGCCAACAUAGCCCAGGCCGUGUGCGACUGCGUCUCCCCAGGCCUCUUCGACGUCCUCACCUGGCUGGGUUACUGUAACAGCACCAUGAACCCCAUCAUCUACCCGCUGUUCAUGCGGGACUUCAAGCGGGCGCUGGGCAGGUUCCUGCCGUGUCCCCACUGUCCCCGGGAGCGCCGGGCCAGCCUUGCCUCCCCCUCCUUUCGGACCUCUCACAGCGGCCCCCGGCCCGGCCUGAGCCUGCAGCACGUGCUGCCCCUGCCCCUGCCGCCGGACUCGGACUCGGGCUCGGGUGGCUCCUCAGGCCUGCAGCUCACGACCCAGCUGCUGCUUCCUGGGGAGGCCACCCGGGACCCCCCGCCGCCUACCAGGGCCGCUGCUGCAGUCAACUUCCUCAGCAUCGAUCCCGCAGAGCCCGAGCUGCGGCUGCAUCCACGUGGCUCCCCCACGAACUAACCCGGGCUUGGAGCUGGCUAGCGGGGAGCUG